UCCGGGAUGGACAGGGGUUAUGGGGUGCCCCAGGACCCGGAACUGGCAGGUACAGAGGCUAUAGGGUGCCCCAUGUCCCGAACCGGGAUGUGCAGGGUCUCUCUAGGGUGCCCCAUGUCCCGAACCGAGAUGUACAGGGUCUCUCUAAGGUGCCCCAGGCCCUGAGUCCAGCAUGCAUAGAGUUUUGAUAGGGUGCCCCAGCUCUGUGGGACCUGAGCUGUGCAGGGUCAGUAGGGCAUCCAAGGUCCAGGUUUCUCAGAGUCUGAGCUGUUCAAGAGGCUGUAUAGAGUCUGGGGUGUACAGGGCAUGGAGUUUUUGGGGUGUAUGUGGUGUAUAGCAUGUAUAGUGCAUCCAGGUCUGAGCUGUAUGAGACAUGGUGUGUGUUGGGUCUGAGCAGCAUGGAACCCUUAGGACCGGGCCCUGUAGGGUCUGGGGUGAACAGCAUGUGAAGGGUGAAGGGGACAGGGGAUGUUUGAGGCUCCCAAGGUCCUGCAUGGGUGGUGCCUGAGGUGUACAGGGUGCCAAGGUCCCAAGUGCAUGGGGCACACUGGCUCCCAGGAGGCCUGAGGGGGACCCCAAGGCACACAGAGCCCAGGCCCCUCAGGGCCCACGACAGACCAUGUGCCAAGUGCACAGAGCCUGGUAGCUACAGGGUCCCACUCCAUGGCCACACCCCUCCCUGUAGGGAGAUAGGGCUGAUGGGUGAUCCUUGGGUGCCAGCAUGGCAUGGAAGGUUUGGGGUCUUUGGAGGGUUGCAGGAGAUGGAGCUCAGUGUCAGUUUUAGCAGGACUGUGUGGCACGAGAUGGGCAAUGGGGCAGGACACCCUUCCUGACUGUCAGCACUCGACCAGGGACCACUGGUGGGCUUGCUGGUGGUGAGCAGCCAGUGCUGGGGAGAGGAGCCCAGCUGCCUCCCUAACCGCCUAGCAUGGGCCAUGGGUGGCUGUGACACAGCUCUGUCCCCACUGUGCCCGCCCCGGGCUGCCCAGGCAGAAAGGAAAGUGCCCUGGGCAAGUGCCACCAUGUGGCACUGGGCACUACCCCCCAACUACUGACCCUCCCAGCACACCGUGGGCAGGAUGCUGAGCAGCGGGGCCAGCCCAGCCCCCUUUGCCAGCCCAGCGGCCGCGUUCCCCUCUCGGCAUCCCGGCGAGGUCGGUGACCGCUCGGUCCCUCUGGCCGGUUGUUUGCGCUCGCUGGUUGUUCUCCCCGUGGCGCAGCCUCGGCCCCAGCGCCACAGACAGGGCUUUGUUUCAGCCUCAGCGCAAUGCCUGCACUUUCUCCAGAUGGAUCCUAGCGACGGCACCUCCUCUGUUGGGACACUCGCGGAGCCGCCGCCUCCUCGCAGGCGUGACGAGCCCAGCGGGCUGGGGCGAAGGAAGAGCCUCUCUGAAACAGUGGAUGAGAAGGUGGUGGAUGCUGCAGCCCAGAUCCCAGAGCAGACAGAUCUUUGCUACAAAACAGUGGAUGUGGAAAAGGACCUGGUAGACUGGCAGAAGCCCCUGCUGUGGCAGGUGGGCUACUUAGGGGAGAAGUACGACGAGUGGGUGCACCAACCCGUGGAUCGGCCCAUCCGCCUCUUCCACUCGGACAUCCUUGAGUCCCUCUCCAAGACAGCGUGGUACGUGGUGUUCCUGGUGUGGACGCCCGUGGUGCUCUAUCUCAGCUGGUUCAGCUACACCUCCCUCGCUCAGGGCAACACCAGGCUCUUCUCCUCCUUCACCACAGAGUACUCCAUCCCUGUCCACAAAUACUACUUCCCCUUCAUCUUCCUCCUGGGGAUGUUCCUGUGGUCCCUGCUAGAGUACCUCAUCCAUCGCUUUGUCUUCCACAUGAAGCCACCCGCUAGUAACUACUAUCUCAUCACCUUGCAUUUCUUGCUGCAUGGGCAGCAUCACAAGUCUCCCUUCGACAGCUCCCGCCUGGUCUUCCCUCCCGUGCCGGCCUCGCUGGUGAUCGGCUUCUUCUACGGCGUCCUGCGGCUCCUGCUGCCCGAGGUGCUGGGGCUCUCCGUGUUCGUCGGGGGGCUCUGUGGCUACGUCAUCUACGACAUGAUGCACUAUUACCUCCACUACGGCUCGCCCAGAAAAGGCACCUACCUGUAUGGCCUGAAGGCUUAUCACGUCAAGCACCACUUUGAGCACCAAAGAUCAGGCUUUGGCAUCAGCACACGCUUCUGGGAUUACCCCUUCCGGACACUCAUCCCCGAGGAGACCUUCAAGAAAGAGGACUGACAGCCCCAGCACAGUGCCUGGCUCCCAGCUCCGUCCCCCCUGGGCUGGGGUCGGUCCCUCCCCAGCCCUCGGCAAGGCCAGCUGGUCCCUGCCCCCUUCCUGGGGCUGUGCCACAGCAGUGGCUCCACACUGGACCAUCCUCCCAGAGUGCUGUGGUUCAGCUGUGGCACGGCCAAGGGGAUGGGGGACUGAGGGUGUGAAGAGGUUCUGGGGCCCCCUGGGGGGCUCCUGCCCCUCCCUUGGUGCCCUCCUGCUCCAGGCCAUGGAUGCACAGGCAGAUCUGCUGCCUGAGAGAUGAAGUGCCUGGUGCUGCCCUCCGUCCUCUGCCCUGGCCCCUGAGGCCCCUGUUCCUCCCAGAGUGCUCUCCCUCUCCAGGGCUGCAGUUAACCCCAUCCCCUAACUCCUUCCGAGGGGAUUCUGUAUCCUGGGUCCUUCUCCCGGCCCGAUCUCAGCACAGGGUUUUCUUGGCCUGCAGCCCUUUUGGGGGGUCCUGCAGGUCUGGAUUGUGCCUUUUUCUAACCAGUGCACCCGUAUCUCUCUGCCAGAUUUAUCAAGUUCAUGGUUUUUGUAGACAUUGGCUACUUGAAACUCAAACUCCAAUGAACAGAAUUACUAUGAGAUGCCUUUUUUUGCUGAUCCUGUGAUUUUAUUUUUUAUUAUUUUUUUCCCUAAUGUUUACUGCAGAUAUUUAAAGGUUUGGAAUAAAUUUAUAUGUAAAACUUAGACACUACAAUUGUAAAUAAACUGUAUAUUUUGAAAAAUAAA